AGCAUAACAUUAACAGCUGUUGCAGUGUGCGCGCUUCCCAAGCGAAUGCCAUUGUGUACGUUGCAGGCUGACUGUCAGUUUAUUCUCCUUGACCUUUUUUUGUUGUACGGCGCUUGGGGCAGCAGCAGCAGCACCAUAUACAGCAGCCAGUGUUGCAGCAGUUAUUGUUGAACGAUACGCCAGCGCCAUGCACAUAGAAACCGCGACGAGUUGUCAACCAAAACGAGCAAGUGCCAAAAAUCGCAGCGUGCCGUUAGCGUGAGCUAACUUUUCAAAACGACUUUAAGAGCGACACAAUUUUUGGCCAGCUGAAAUCGAAAAAAGACACUCAGCAGAGAGAGAGAGCGAGAGAGAAAUUGGAGACAUUGUGAAGAGAAGCCCGCCCCCCAAGAAACCUAGUCAAGACGCUUAGCAAUUGCAUUUAUUUUUGUUAUUUACGAUUGUAAGCCGCACCGCAUUUUCCAGCCAUGGGCAACAAGAACUCGUGCUGUGCCUACUCAAGUCCACAAUCGGAUCGCAAGUCCAAGGAUAUACCGCCCGUCUUCGAGGAGCGUCAUCAGUUGCCGCACACAUCACAGCAUCAACUCGAUGGCCAUCAUGGCAGCGGCAGUGGCAAUGUGGCGAUGUCCGUGCAUCAUCAGCAGCAUCAUCAACACCAUCACUCACAUCAUCAACCCGGCGGCGCUGGUGAUAACUAUGAGAAUCAACAGAAUCUGCAACACAUUUCCGAGCGUGAAGCGCUCGAGGGCGAAGAGGAUCCAUCAGUGGACCCCACGGCUGCCACCAUGUUUCUGGAACGCUCCAAAGUGGAGAAUGGCGGCAUGACGCGGAAACGUUCGCAGCAUCAAAUUGCCCAACAACAAGGUGGCAGCAGCUCUGGAGGUGGUGGCGGCGGUGGAGGAGGCGCCAAUACACCGGGUGCGAAUAGUUCGGGAACGGGAACUGGCGGCCUCAAGAAGAGCUCGUCGUGCUCGACCAUCUAUUUGGAUGACAGCACUGUGUCGCAGCCGAAUUUAAAGAACACAGUCAAGUGUGUUUCGCUGGCCAUUUACUAUCACAUCAAGAAUCGUCAGUCGGAUCGUCGUUUGGACAUAUUCGAUGAGAAGCUGCAUCCGUUGACGCACGAUCAUGUGCCGGAUAAUUAUGACACUCAGAAUCCCGAACAUCGACAGAUCUACAAGUUUGUGCGCACACUGUUCAAUGCCGCCCAAUUGACGGCCGAGUGUGCAAUCAUCACGCUAGUCUAUCUGGAGCGUCUGCUCACCUAUGCGGAACUUGAUGUGGGGCCAUGCAACUGGAAGCGCAUGGUGUUGGGUGCUAUACUGCUUGCCUCCAAAGUGUGGGACGACCAGGCAGUGUGGAAUGUCGAUUACUGCCAGAUACUCAAGGACAUUACGGUCGAGGAUAUGAACGAGCUGGAGCGUCAAUUUCUGGAGCUGCUGCAGUUCAACAUCAACGUUCCAUCGUCCGUCUAUGCCAAAUAUUAUUUCGAUUUGCGCACGCUUGCCGAGGCAAAUGAGCUCAAUUUCCCCACAGAGCCGCUCUCCAAGGAGCGCGCCCAGAAACUGGAGGCGAUGUCGCGGGUCAUGCAGGACAAAGUGACCGCCGAGGCGCUUAAGAAUGGCAUCAAGAAAUGGUCCUCGAUGGACAACAUCAGUCAGGGCGGUCCGCGGCGUAGCGUGGCCAUAUUAUCGUGAUUUAUAUUAGCUUAUUAAAACAACUAAACCACACAACUGUAUUUUAAUCUGUAGUAGUGCAGCUCCUCCAACAAGAGCAUCCAUACAGUAUCCCUUAAAAAAAAAAACAAAGAAUAACCUGUCCUUCCUUGAUACAAAACAAAACAAAAAAAAAAACAACUGAAUUGCAAAAGAAUACGAUAAUUUCUUUAUUUUCUAUUUUUUAUUGUCGACUUAACUAUAACUUAUACACUUCUCAUAUAUGUACAUUUAGAUAUAUUGAAAAGGAUAAAAACAAAGCAAAAAACAAUUUUUGUAUAAUUUAAUUUCAUGUAAUACCGUUAAUAAACUUUACGAGAAAGUUUUUUAGCCAAUUACACCAAUCGAAUUGCACACAAAAAAAACAACAACAACAAAAUGAAGAAAUCAAGUGAAUGUUUUUAACAAUAAUAACAAAACACACACACACACAUUUGUCUCGAAUUAAGGACCACUUUUUAUAUAUACAACACUAUGCCAGCAUAUUUGUAUAUUCUUGUAAGCGAAACUACCGAUUGCAGUCAAGGAUUUGGAUGAUUUUAAAAUACUUGUAAUAUGCCUACAACAAUUGCAAAAAGAAACGCGUAACCAAUUGCCAAAAAAAAAAAACUAAAUGAAAAACAUAGAAAA